AUGUGUCGAUUUCUUGUAUACAAAGGAAGAAACGAUAUCCUCCUCAGCAAGCUCAUAACAGAACCAAGCCAUUCCAUCCUAACCCAAUCCUAUGACUCCCGCCUGAGACUAGACACCCGCCGCCCCGUGAACGGUGACGGCUUCGGCGUAGGCUUCUACACCGCCCCUGCCCUGGGCCCAGACCCAUGCAUCUUCACCUCCACCCUCCCCGCCUGGAAUUGCGAGAACCUCGAACGCCUCGCCUCUAAAACAACCUCGUCCCUCGUCUUCGCGCACGUGCGCGCCACAACCGAAGGCGCCCUGGCCGACAACAACUGCCACCCCUUCCAGCACAACACGCUCAUGUGGAUGCACAAUGGCAAUCUGGGCGGGUGGAAGCAUAUCAAGCGGCAGCUGGCUGAUUCGCUGGCUGACAAGUGGUAUCUGGGCGUCAAAGGAGGGACAGAUAGCGAGUGGGCAUUCGCCCUGUUUUUGGAUCUGAUGGAGAAGGAAGGGCGGGUUGAUCCCAGCUCGGCGCCCGAGGGGGGCUUUGGGCACGCGCUGCUCAGGGAAGUUAUGGGCAAGACGAUUCGGAGGAUUAACGAGUUUAUUGCGGCGAUUCCGGAGGGGUGUGGGGUUAUGGAUGUUGAGAGGAGGAGUUUGCUGAAUUUUGCGGUUACGGAUGGGCAUACUGUUGUGUGUACGAGGUAUGUUAGUAGUAAGACCGAUGAGGCGGCGAGUUUGUAUUUUUCGUCUGGGACAAAGUGGAAGGAGGGUCGGACCAAGGGGCAUUUCAAGAUGGAGAGGCAUGAUAAGGGGGCCGAUAUUGUGUUGGUGGCUAGUGAGCCAUUGACAUUUGAGAGACAUAACUGGGUCACCGUUCCCACCAACUCAAUGCUCACAAUCCACAAGCAAAACGUCCUUAUCCACCCGAUCAUUGACGAAUUCUACGACGAUGACCCAAACCAUGACCGCUCCGCCGGAUUCGCCGUCUCCAAGGGCCUCGUCAGCAAAGCACCGGGUACCACGGUGGUUCCGGACAGUAACCUCUCCAAGAGUCCGCCUAUAUCAGCAGCUUUUACUCCUGCUGAUACGCCCGGUUUGAUCCCGAGAAGGGGCACGCAGGGCCCUAAUAAUAAUGACGGUCCCAUGUUGGAUGAAUUGGACCAGAAGAUCAGACCGGUUCAGCUUCGAGCUUGA